AUGAGAAAUGUGCAGAAGAGAACCCAAAGAAUAAGGUCCAAACUAAUUGAUAAAACCUGAAAAACCCCGAAGUCCAAGUCCAAGUCCAAGUCCAAGUCCAAGCCAUGUGGGCUCUCUCCCAAACCAUACCGCCUCUUUCCCACCACACCAUCUCACCCAAGCUUCUUCCUCUCCCUCUCACCAUCUCAGCCAACUCUCACCCACGGCGCCACCAAUCAAAACCACCAAGAAACGACGCCGUCCCCACCAAAGACAUCAAAGGCCUAGGCCACACCAUCCUCGAAGUCACAGCAGUUAAUUCCACUACCCCCAAUCGCAUCCCCAAACAACAAAAACAAGAAGACGAGGGAAGGCAGAUUAGUGGGUCAGAUGUGCUUCGGGCUCUUCAGAGAGCCGCUGCUCAGAAAAACGAGUUCAGUAAAAGUAAGAAAAUGAAGAGUAAGAAGAUGAAGAAGAAUGCUAUGGGGUUAUCAUCCUCUGUGGAAGAGGAUAGUCUGGAUUAUAGUAAAGUGAGGCCCUUGUGCAUUAAGAGUGAGUGGGGUGUGAGGUUGAUUGAGUUGGAGAAGCGCCUUCAGGAGCUUUCUGAUACCCAUUCAUAAUUCUAAGGCUUCCUUCUUUCUAUGGUGUAAUCAAUUAUUUUAUGAAUUUUGUUUUAUAAUUUGAUAGUAACAACUCUGAGUAUGGGGUAUUUGAAUUCUGGUUUUCUUUGUAAAGUAGAGCAAGUUAUGUUAUCGUAUGAAUAUAAGAGACCCUGUUAUCAAA